AUGAAGAGGUCUCUUCCUUUCCGGGGAUGGGUUAGAGCCGCAAGCUUGGUCCUGUGUUUGACCCAGACUGUCCUGGCUAUGGUCCUCACCAACUCCACAAGACUGGAGUCCAUCCUGGACAAGUACAGGGAUAAGGCUGAGGAAUGGUGGAGGGCCAGGUCGAGAGGAAAGAGGGCCAUCAGCGAGGGAGACAUGCACCUCAUUCUAGACUUGCACAACAAGCUGCGGGGUCAGGUCCACCCUCCUGCUUCCAACAUGGAGUACAUGGUAUGGGAUUAUGAGUUAGAGAGGAGCGCAGAGCACUGGGCACAUACAUGCCGAUGGGAACAUGGACCGAGCCACAUGUUAACACAAAUAGGCCAAAACCUUGGAGCGCACUGGGGCAGGGAUCGCCCCCCUACCUACCAUGUCCAGGCCUGGUAUGACGAAGUGAGGUACUACAGCUAUCCAUACUCUCAGGAGUGUAACCCACACUGCCCAUUCAGAUGUUCAGGACCAGUCUGUACUCACUACACUCAGUUGGUGUGGGCGACUAGCAAUCGUAUUGGCUGUGCUAUCAAUGUGUGUUACAACAUGAACGUGUGGGGAAUGAUCUGGGCUAAAGCUGUCUAUCUGGUCUGCAACUACUCUCCACCGGGCAACUGGUGGGGUCAUGCACCGUACAAAUAUGGAACUCCCUGUUCUGCCUGUCCAGCUAGCUAUGCCGGAGGCUGCAGGGACAAUCUCUGCUACAAAGAUGGGGGUGUUGACAGGCGACCAGCUCCUGAGAUUGAGGAAACCAACUACAUUGAACCUGAAACGGAACCAGUAAGGGACAGGCAGCCCCAACCAAGGGCCCAGACACCAAACCCCUCGCCCAAUGAAAACCUAGAGAGAAACCGAGUUGUCAGCACAGAGCAGAUGUGCCAACAGGUCAAUUGUGAGACUAAGCUGAGAGAUCAGUGCAAGGGAACAACCUGUAACAGAUAUGAGUGUCCACCUGGCUGCCUUGACAGCCCUGGAAAAGUAGUUGGGACUGGAUAUUAUGACAUGCAAUCCAGUGUGUGUGGAGCUGCAUUACACUUUGGUGUUAUUGACAAUGAUGGAGGAUGGCUGGAUGUAACCAGACUGGGCAGGAAACAACAUUUCACCAAGUCUUACAAGAAUGGUAUUCAAUCAAUUGGGAAAAACAGGAGCGCAAAUUCCUUCAAAGUAGAGUCUGUGCCUGUCAAGGCAGUAACAUGCGAUACCAGCGUGGCGCUUUUCUGCCCUUUCAAGAAACCUGUACGACACUGUCCCAGGUUGUAUUGUCCCAGGAACUGUCUACGUGACAGUCAAGCCCGAGUCAUUGGGACAAACUACUUCUCAGAUAAAUCCAGUAUCUGCCGAGCAGCUAUUCAUGCUGGAGUGAUCCAGAAUGAGUCAGGAGGGUACCUUGAUGUGAUGCCUGUGGACAAAAGGAAGCAGUACAGUGGCAGUUAUCAGAAUGGCAUCACCUCAGAGAGCCUUCUGAACCCAACAGGUGGAAAAGCCUUCAGAGUGUUUGCAGUCAUCUGA